GAUACGGUAUCGUAUCGUAUCGAAAUUCGUGUCCCUAAAUGUGUUUGGCUUCCGGUUUGUUGUUAAAUAUUUUAUGGAUCAUUUUAGUACAAAUGUCUUCAGCUGGCCCUUGUGACGACUUUUUAGAGUUCCAGGAAUCUAUAAAGAAGAUGCGUGCCCUCGAUGAUAACAUUAUUUAUAUGCUAAACAGUUCUCUUCCGACUGAGUCUUUUAAAGGACAGGUGAAUUGUGAAAAGGUCUGUUAUAACUUGUAUACCCAGUUGCAAGACAUACAUAAACGUCGAGAAAAAAAAAUUCGUGAUUGCAUACUUGCUUCAGCAGAGUCUUUAAAAAAAGUGCGAGAGUUGAGAGAAAAUAAUCUGGAUGAUGUCGACAUUAAUAAAAAAUUUAAAUUGGAGCAGCGGAAGGUGAAUAUUAUAAAAUUUGUUGGGCUGUCCCCGGCUCAACCGACAGUUAUGGCAAAUUCAAAAACUAACCUUUAAUAAAACGCGUUUUUGUUUGGGGUGGGCUAUAGAUUGGUA